AAGAAGAAGAAAUAUACGGAUCGUGGAAGGAAGGAAGGACAGGAAUACUCUGAAACACUGAAGAGGAAGAAGGAAAACUCGCUAAAGAAGGAAGAGGAGGAAGGAAAUAGAGAAGGGAAGGGAGGAAGACAGCACAGAGACACGAGGAUGGCGGAGGAGAAGGACAUCGCGAAGGAGGCUGUGUUGAUGCGCUCCGAGGCCAUGCCGGAGGGAACGCCAACUGUGCAAGGCUAUGACUUCAAUGACGGGAUUGACUACCACAAGCUGUUCCAGACGUAUCGGUACUCAGGGUUCCAGGCGACCAGUUUUGGAUGCGCUGUCGAGGAGGUCAAGAAAAUGAUAGCCUGCCGAGAGGAGCCUUUGACCGAGCAGGGCGACGAGAGUUUGACCGUUGCCGAGGAUAUCCAAAUAAGGAACAACUGUACGAUAUUUCUGGGAUAUACUUCCAAUAUGGUGUCUUGUGGGGUGCGUGAGACCAUCAGAUUCCUGGUGGAACACAAACUAGUGGACUGUCUGGUCACCACUGCAGGCGGGGUGGAGGAAGACCUGAUCAAGUGCCUGGCCCCCACAUACAUUGGUGACUGGUAUCUCCGCGGCCGAGACCUCAGGCUGAAAGGGAUCAACCGCAUCGGAAACCUCUUGGUGCCCAACGACAACUACUGUAAAUUCGAGGACUGGGUUAUGCCGAUCCUGGACGGACUUCUGGCGGAGCAGCGGACUAAGGGCACAAACUGGACUCCGUCUAAGAUCAUCCGGCGGCUUGGCUCGGAGAUCAACGACGCCAGCUGCAUUGCGUACUGGGCAGCCAAGAAUGACAUCCCAAUCUUCAGCCCGGCCCUGACUGACGGAAGCCUCGGAGACAUGAUGUAUUUCCACGGCAUAAGGAACCCGGGACUUGUCGUAGAUAUCAAUGAAGACCUGCGCCGACUGAACCAGCUUGCCAAGAAGUCGGUCAACACAGGGAUGGUCAUUGUGGGCGGCGGGGUCGUCAAACACCACAUCUGUAACGCUAACCUCAUGCGAAAUGGCGCCAACUUCUCCGUCUUCCUCAACACGGCCAGCGAGUGGGACGGGAGCGACAGCGGGGCCAGACCUGACGAGGCGGUGUCCUGGGGCAAGAUUAAGCUGGACGCCACUCCGGUCAAGAUAUACGGCGAGGCUUCCUUCGUCUUCCCUCUGCUUGUCGGCGAGACGUUUGCGCGUCAUCACCACCGAAAACAACAACAACAACAAGAAGGUGGAGAAUGAUAGGGUUGUGAGAUUAGGCAGCUGUUUCUCUCUCUCUCUCUCUCUCUCUCUCUCUCAGCCAGUGGUUCCCAAACUGUGGGGGCAUGAUUCUGUCUGCCAAAUAUUGCAGUUUUGCACACACACACACGCACACACACACACACACACACACACGAAGGAGGGAUGGGGGAUGUGAGUAUUUCUUAUAAGUCACAAGGGGCAUCAUAUUUUGUUUGGGAGCCAUUGCUUUAAACCAUUCAUUCCUAUUUAAGGGAUUUAUUUCAUCCUCCUCCUCUGUAAUCGAACAAAGGCUGUGUUAGUUUGCUGUGGUCUACCUAAUGCAAUGUUCCCUUAUUGUAUUUUUAUUUAUUGACACUUAAAUACAUUGACUUACAAUUACACUUAAACUUAUGCACACUUUUUAUCAAUUUCUCAGUGAAUCAAAGGUAAUGUUCCUCCUCUUUUCACUUACAUACUUACAAACACUCACAUAUACACUUAUUUACACACCUUUUCAGUCCGACACAGUGUUAGGUCUCCCCAUAGUCACUCUACUGUAACAUAUCUCUAUAGCUGUUGUAUACUGAUUUGCUUAUAAAUACAUAAGUCCGACAGUGUUAGGUCUCCCCAUAGUCACUCUACUGUAACAUAUCUCUAUAGCCGUUUUAUAUUGAUUUGCUUAUAAAUUCUUAAGUCCGACACAGUGUUAGUUCUCCCCAUAGUCACUCUACUGUAACAUAUCUCUAUAGCUGUUUUAUAUUGAUUUGCUUAUAAAU